AUGGGCUACACGGCUGAAACUGAACAUGACCUUCAUUAUAUGGGAGAGAACAGAAAACAUGAACCUUUAAGGCACCACAGUGAGAAACUUGCUCUUACUCUGGGGUUGAUGUGCUUACCUUCAAAUGCAUCUAUCAGGAUCAUGAAGAAUCUUAGGAUUUGUGGUGAUUGCCAUUCUUUUAUGAAGUUGCAUCAUCUUGUACAGGGAAGGAAAUCAUCGUCAGGGGUACUAACAGGUUCCACCAUUUCAAGAAUUGUUGUUGUUCUUGUCGAGAUGUCAGAGACUCCCGAAAUUUGGUCUUCUGCAAUUGGAAUUAUAUCUAUGGGACCUUGCAUUUUGAAAAUCAAAGGGCUGGCUGUGUGA